CAACAACACUAGCUGCUGUACUCAAGCUGCUGGUGGUGGUCCAACGUUACUGUACGCUUCUUUGCAAGUUGAAAAACAAGUACUACCAAAAGCAUAUCAGGUGUGGAGAUGAUGGAGGAGAAUGAGGAGCAGUCCGACGCCCAUCAGUCAGAAUUCAGUUUGAGGAAGGGAAACUACGAAGGAGACAGCUUCAGGCUACACAUGGUGACGUGGAAUGUGGCCACAGCUGAUCCUCCGGAUGACCUGACCUCACUUCUCCAUCUGAACUCCCCAAAGAGCCCAGACCUUUAUGUCAUCGGUUUGCAGGAGGUGUACUCAGGGCCACUGAGAUUCGUGUCGGACAGUGUAUUCGAUGACCCGUGGAGUCAGCUGUUAAUGUCCACCUUGGCACCACGAAAAUACAUUAAGGUGUCAUCCAUCAGAAUGCAGGGUCUGCUGCUGCUCUUCUUCUUCAAACUGGAGCACGUCCCCUUCAUCAGAGACAUCCAGACCACAUACACACGCACAGGCAUUUUCGGUUACUGGGGUAACAAAGGUGGGGUGUCGGUCCGACUGUCUUUCUAUGGCCACAUGCUCUGUUUCCUGAACUGUCACUUGGCUGCUCAUAUGCAGUAUGCCACAGAGAGAGUAGAUGAGUUUGAGUACAUUGUGGACACGCAGACCUUUGACUGUAAAAAGGCUCCAAGAAUUGUUGACCACAGGUUGGUGUUCUGGUUUGGAGAUCUCAACUUCCGAAUUCAGGACCACGGCAUGCACUUUGUCCGCUCCUGUAUCAACAAUCAAACCUACAACCUGCUGUGGAGCAAAGACCAGUUGACCGUGAUGAAGAAGAAAGAACAGAUGCUCCAGGAGUUUGACGAAGGGCCUCUGGACUUUCAGCCCACGUACAAGUUUGACUUGAACUCAGAUACUUAUGACAGCAGGCUCUACAGGACAUGGUUUGGCUUUAACGGUAAGAAGCGCAAACCGGCCUGGACCGACAGGAUUCUGUGGCGGCUCCGACCCAAAGCUCCGCCCCCUGAAGAGCAAGACAGAGUGGGACUGGAUGCGAAGAAGGUCAGGCAGCUGGAAGAGGAUGAAGAAUACCCUCUGAAGAUCAGGCAGGACUCGUACACCAGCAUCAUGGAGUACAGCAUCAGUGACCACAAGCCUGUCAUCGGCAUCUUCACGCUGGAGCUGAGGAAGAUGUACGGGACUCCUCUGGUGCGUCUGCAGGCGGAGGGAGACUGGAGCGCAGACCUGGAUUCCAUGGUUCUCUACAGCCCUCUGCAGCCGUUCCCCUCCAGUACAUGGGACUGGAUCGGACUCUAUAAGGUUGGAUUCACCAGCGUGUCAGACUACAUCACCUACACAUGGGUCAAAGACGAUGAGGUGGCCUUCAAUGAAGAAAUCAUGCAGGUAUAUGUGGGUAAAGAAGAAAUCCCUGUGCGGGGAGGAGAGUGUGUGCUGUGCUACUACAGCAAUACUCUGCAGAGCAUCAUUGGAAUUAGUGAACCAUUCAAGGUCCACGAGUCCAAGGUAGCCAUUGAGGAAGGCUUAGUGCCUGAGAAGAUCAAUGGACUUGACAAAAGCGUAGUGAGUGAAGACCUUUGGAACUGAUCUAUCAGGAGUCACGGAGGUGGUACGAUGUAGAAAUGCAUCUGUUUGGGCCUGGAUUGCCUGAACCACACCAAGGCUUUUAAUUACAUUGUUUCCUAACUUGCCAUUGAAGACGCAGAUUAGGAAGUGCUGUCUGUUCAUGCUGUUACACAUCUCCACUGACCUCUCUAACGCUACCAGUGUGGCUGCCAGCUACUUACACCUCUGUGGUCAGUGUGGUUUUUAUGACUGGUCUGUAGGGUCACAUUUGUUUAGGUGUGACUGCCGUCAUGCAAAGCAGAAACCAUGAGCGAUCCUUCUUCAACUGACCUAAAACCCAAGAAAAGUUUCCAUAGAAUGAAACUUAAAUUUAAAUUGGCCUUACAUUGAGCAAAGAAGUGCUAUCUUUGUACCCUGGCCUGAGGCAUAAUAAAAUGAAUGAGGUAGCAUUAUAAAAUACGAUGAAAGGCUUUGAUUGACAGCCUGUUGAGGAAUAGAAGGAAACAGGGUGGACGUACUGAUGAAAUAGAAGGUAAAGUAAGUUGUAGGAUGUGUACAGGCCUGCUGCUUUGUGUGAUUAUUCGAGGCUCUCAGUUUAUGGUCGUGUUAAUGGUUCAAAUUAUUUGUGUAAAUGUUGAAGUUGCUCUCAUGGCUGCCUUUGUGUGGCUGCAAGAAAAGCUGUAUCACUGAAUAUUUGAAGUCUGGCUUGUUUGGAGGAGUGAAAACACCCCAGACGAACUUUGCCCGACUUCUGCAGUUACAAAAAGGGAAUUGGAAAACUAAGAAAGUUCAUUGGCUGUUUUUUUGUUUACAUGGUAUUCUAUGAUGACAUCAAGUUGUUCAUAAACAAUGAGUUAUUUUACGGUGGAAAAUGAGUCUAAAAAUUCACUGCUUACUUAUAUAAGAUUGGUAUCCCUAUUCACUGUGAUGCUGGAGCAGGAGCUUACACAAGAAAUGCCUUUGUUAAUAGUUCAUAUUCCGCUAUAUUUUCCAAAUGUUCAUUUCAGUCUGACAACUUUUAAGCUUUAAAAUAAAAGUGCACUCCUUGUUCAAGGGAUGAUCAGAGCUUCAAAACAUCAAGAGGUAACAGUCAGCCAGUCCAUGUGACCUAAAGUCCUGCUGAAGUCUGUAGGACCACUAAACAUAGAGUGGUUUAAUCGCAGCUGUCACAGAAAUAACACCAUGAAUGAUCUGGCAGCACCGUAAGCUGCAAAUGACCAGAGCAUUGUAGGUGAAAGAACAAAUGAUAAAAUGGGGCAAGUGCCUUUUUUCUACAACACAUUUGCAUUAUGCAGUUUUUGGAGAAGUUUUAUAGACUUUUUAUGUAGUAAUUUGCCCAACUUUCAGUAGAUUGAGUUCAGCAGCACUUUGUUUGUGUUUGGUGGUCCUACAGACAUGGGGUAAAGUAAUAAAUGAUGAUGAAAUGUCUUGAACAAUUCCUCUAAUAAUACAAGAUGAUCUGACUCGGUCCUUCUGCCCUUCCACUUUGUUUUCUGUAAAAAUGUGUAGUAUUGGCUAAAAAGUCAUUCUUUAUUAAGAAAUAUGCAGAGAAUUGUCAGCUCUACAGGAGCUCUUACCCUGUACUGUCCUAAAAAAUGCUGUAGUAUGUAAACUGAAUCUAUUUAUGGUUUGAAAAGUUUUGUAUGUAAUUGAAAAUAUUCCUUGGGCUCACAGAAUAUCUCACUUUAGUGGUCAGUGAAUUGACGCUGUAGGAAGAGAAGAUUUUGCAGUUUUGUUUCCUCCUCACAGUAUUUGAUUGAACUUCGGUUUUUCCUGGAGACUUGAAAACAUACGUAGCUAUUUAAUAUAAACUUUGUGUUUUUGUGGAGCGGAUGACCUCUGGUUCAUCUUCAGCUUGCUAUCUCAUUAGCCCACGCGCACCUUGCAGUUUUUAAAAAUAUGAAUCAUUCCCUUUUAAAGCUGAUUGUGGUAUUACAGCAAAGUGGAGAACAUAAGCUGAGUUACACUGUUUAUUGUUAAUGCAUCAGUAUUUAUAGGAAGCCAUGCUCUUAUUAUUAGUGAGAAGGAAUAGAAAUAUUUUGGUUUUGUUUGUACAAUAUGGAUUCAGCAAGUGCCUUUGAAAUGCUUGUUGCUUUACAUUUAGUGGACUGUACUAUGCUGCUCAGUUUCAUACGACAUGUAUUAUUAAUAUUUAUCAGAUAGAAUAUUGCUGUUCUAAACUUUCACCCACUCAAAGAUCUCUUCUACUCAAUGUCAUCGUUAUUGGCUUGCUGGAAUCAAUUUUAUCAUUGCUGUUUUUUGUUUUAACUAAAAAGUGACUUAUUUUCUCAAAUAGCAAUGAAAUAUUGUAAUAGACUGUAACUGAAUUCCAACAGAUUUAUAGCUUUGGAAAGGCAAAUAUUAAAUAAGUCUCACUUCA